CCUGGGAGCACAGCCCAGGCUACUGUCUGACCACCAUGGCCCAGCUGGUGGAGUGUGUGCCCAACUUCUCCGAGGGAAAUGACCAGGAGGUGAUCGACACCAUCGGCCGGGCCGUGGCCCAGACGCCCGGCUGCUGUCUGCUGGACGUGGACGCCGGGCCCUCCACCAACCGCACCGUGUACACCUUCGUGGGGGCCCCUGAGGCCGUGGUGGAGGGCGCUCUCAGCGCCGCCCGCGCAGCCUUCCGGCUCAUCGACAUGAGGAAGCACAGAGGGGAGCACCCACGCCUGGGGGCCCUGGACGUGUGUCCCUUCGUGCCUGUGCGGGGAGUCUCCAUGGAGGAUUGUGUGCAGUGUGCCCGUGACUUCGGCCAGCGUUUGGCGAGAGAGCUGGGGGUGCCAGUGUAUCUCUACGGAGAGGCCGCCCAGACAGCCAGCCGCCAGGCCCUGCCGGCCAUCCGGGCCGGGGAGUACGAGGCUCUACCAGAGAAGCUCCGGCAGGCAGACUGGGCUCCCGACUUUGGGCCCAGCACCUUCGUGCCCAGCUGGGGGGCCACAGUGACGGGGGCUCGCAGGUUCCUCGUUGCCUACAAUGUGAACCUGCUGAGCACCAAGGAGCAGGCCCACCGCAUUGCUCUCAACCUGCGUGAGCAGGGCCGUGGCCCCGGCCAGCCAGGGCUCCUGAGAAGGGUGCAGGCCCUGGGGUGGCAGCUGGAGGAGCAGAAACUGGCCCAGGUGUCCACCAACCUCCUGGACUUCGAGGUCACGGGGCUGCACACGGUGUAUGAGGAGGUCUGCCGGGAGGCCCAGGAGCUGAGUCUCCCUGUGGUGGGGUCGCAGCUGGUGGGCCUGGUGCCCCUGCAGGCCCUGCUGGACGCGGCAGCCUUCUACUGCGACAAGGAGAAGCUCUUCAUCCUGGAGGAGGAGCACAGGCUGCGGCUGGUGGUCAGCCGGCUGGGUCUGGACUCCCUGUCCCCCUUCAACCCCCAGGAGCGGAUCAUCGAGUACCUGGCCCCUGACCGGGAGUCGGAGCACCAUCUGGUGGACAGGCCCCUGGCCGCCUUUGUCCGGGACGUGGGGGCCCGGUCAGCAGCCCCCGGGGGUGGCUCUGUGGCAGCGGCCAGUGCGGCCAUGGGCGCGGCGCUGGCCUCCAUGGCCGGCCUGAUGACCUACGGCCGGCGCCAGUUCGAACAUCUGGACGCCACCAUGCGGCGCCUGAUUCCUCCCUUCCACACGGCGGCGGCCGCGCUGACCAGGCUGGUGGAUGCCGACGCCCGGGCCUUUGAGGGCUACCUGGAGGCAAUGAAGCUACCUAAGGGCACACCUGAGGAGAAGGAUAGGCGCUCGGCUGCCCUGCAGGAAGGGCUGAGGCGGGCAGUGACUGUGCCCCUGGCGCUGGCCGAGACGGUGGAUUCCCUGUGGCCAGCACUGCAGGAGCUGACCUUAUGUGCCAACCUGGCCUGCCGGUCGGACCUGCAGGUGGCAGUGAAAGCCCUGGAGACGGGGGUGUUUGGGGCAUAUUUCAACGUCCUCAUCAACCUGAAGGACAUCACUGACCAGGAGUUCAAGGACCAGGUCCAGCAGCGUGUGUCCAGCCUCCUGCAGGAGGCCCAGGAGCAGGCGGCACUGGCACUCCAGAGGCUGCAGGACCGCCGGGAGUGACUGGCCCUGGACAUGCUGCUGGCUCCCUGACAGGACCUGAAGCCCGAGGCGGGCGGGGUGCCCACCUGUCUCCUAGGCCUACAAUAAAGCCAGUGCCAGCCUU